UUCAAUUCUUUGAGAAUGUAUCGCAGCUGCAGAGGAUGUUCAUUAAACCGCUUGCCGCAAGUUAAACAAUUUGUUAUGGAUGAUGCUCCUAAAUACGACAGGCUAGAGGUUAAAUUCAUCUCCGGGGCACCACCUGAGCUAGUGCUGCUUGGAGAUGGAGAUCGGGAGCUAGAGCGCCUGCCCCUCUCACAGCUUAACCGCGAGGAAUGCAAUGAACUGCUGCAGGAGAGGGGUUUCACAAAGAAACCUUCCAAAUCUGAUUUAUAAGUACUUACUGUUAGUAACUACAAUGUACAUUCCUGUUACAUUUAGCUCAUAAGUAUAUUAGAUAUUAUUUGUGAACAAAAUACUUAAUAACAAUUUAAUGUGUAUAGUAAUGGUGUGUAUAAUAUAAAAUGCUUCCUGACAA